GGCAGUGGAUGUGUUGCCACAGGAGAGAGAGAGAAGGAGGGAGAGAGGCAUUCAGAGGCAGACUGAGGAGAUCCUCAGCAAGAACUUGUGUGAGAGAAAAGCCUGAGGAGUGUGUUCAGGAGAAAACACAGCCUCAGAGUGUGUCCUCCGGUGUCUGUUUUGGAGGAGCGGACUUGUAUGUUUGGAUGGAUUCACAAUGACAAUCUGGGAAAUCUAAGGGAAUUUUCUCCAGGCCUUUCUGGGAAUACUGUUUGGAAUACUCUGGAUAUGUGACCUGCUCCGGGGGGGGGAUAAAAUCCUGCUUCAGUUAAAACUCACCAUAAAACAAGAAAACAGAAAGUCAUCCGCUCUAAUUUCUAUUGAAGGGGGAGCCAAGCCACAAUGCCUACCGACGAUUAUAACUACCUGCCUGAUGCGUUGCCUCCUCUUCCUGAAGUCCCGGACUCCGGAUCAGUCCUGAGCUCCGUUGACAUACCGGCCCGCUGCCUCCGCAACCCGGCCUUUCGUCACGCCUCGUCACGCUACUGCUCUGCCCUCAGCAUGGACUCCUCACCCGACAGCGCCGAAAGGCCUAUCAGCUACAGCUCCACCUCUUCCUCCGCUUCCUCCCGGGACAGUCACUGCUCUCUGGGCAGCCGCUCCACCCUUGUUACUGCCCCUCAUUGCAACCCUGUGACCUCAGACCGGGACUCAGGGGCGAUUCGGUUGGAACUGGUCCCAGCCAGGCAGCUGGGAUGCAGGGAGGAAGAUGACAGAAAUGAUGGAGGGAUGGACACAGGGAAGGGGCAAGGGAGACAGGGCAGUGCACAGACUUUGACAGAACAUUCAGAGCCUGAGAUGGGCCCAAAUGCAGGCGAGCGGACGGGUCAGGUGCAGGGACCUCGGACAUACGUGGACCGGGUGGUGCAGGAGAUACUGGACACCGAGAGAACCUACGUCCAGGAUCUGCGCAGCAUUGUAGAGGACUACUUGGAGUGUAUCAGUAACCAGUCCCGGCUGGCCUUGAGCUCUGAGGAUAAAGGCUCUCUGUUUGGCAACAUCCAAGACAUCUAUCACUUCAACAGGGACCUCCUUCAUGAUCUUGAGAAGUGCAACGCUGACCCCGUGGCCAUCGCAGAGUGCUUCGUAUCCAAGAGUGAAGAAUUCCACAUUUACACACAGUACUGCACCAACUACCCACGGUCGGUGGCUGUGCUAACAGAGUGCAUGAGGAACAAGGCGUUGGCCAAGUUUUUCCGCGAGCGGCAGGAAUCUCUGAGACACUCCUUGCCCCUGGGCUCCUACCUGCUCAAGCCAGUGCAGAGGAUCCUCAAGUACCACCUACUGCUGCAUGAGAUAGCCAACCACAUGGAGAAGGACACAGAGACUUAUGAGGUUGUGCAGGAAGCCAUAGACACCAUGCAGAGAGUGGCCUGGCACAUCAAUGACAUGAAGAGGAAACAUGAGCACGCCGUUAGGUUGCAGGAAAUCCAAAGCCUGCUGACAAACUGGAAGGGCCCUGACCUGAUCGGCUACGGAGAGUUGGUUCUUGAAGGAACGUUUCGUCUGCAGCGAGCCAAAAACGAGAGAACUCUCUUCCUGUUCGACAAGCUUCUGCUCAUUACCAAGAAACGAGAAGAAACCUACACGUACAAGGCCCACAUCCUGUGCUGCAACCUGAUGCUGGUGGAGGUUAUUCCUAAAGAACCGCUGAGUUUCAGUGUGUUUCACUACAAGAAUCCCAAACUUCAGCACACAGUCCAGGCCAAAUCACAGCAAGACAAGCGUAUGUGGAUCUUACACCUCAAGAGACUUAUACUUGAAAACCAUCCGGCCAAAAUCCCUGCCAAGGCUAAGCAAGCAAUUUUGGAGAUGGAUGCAAUGCAUCAUCCCGGGUUUCAUUACAGUCCCGAUGGGGACAAGAAGGAUUCCUCUCAGACCAAGGAGGGUCCUACCCCUCGUAGAGGACGCAGGAAAGAACCUCUAUCCAAAUUAUUGAAGAAUGCAAAGCAAAAUGCUGCCAACGCCGAUGGUGAGAAGCGAACAAGUCUGGGUGCCACCCUGCUCUCACCAGUGUCCCAGCUGGCUUUGGGCACUAUCGGUCGCAGCCGCAGCCUCAUCAACCAAUCACAGGAGUCACUCGACCCCGGCGAUCACUAUGACCACAGUGACCGAGAAGAGGAACCACAUCAGCAAGAUGCUGAUGAUGAAGAUGACAGUGGCCUGGGAGGUGGGAAGCGCCUGCGAGUCCCUGGAAAAAGCAGCAGGAAGAGGCUGAACCCUCAGGCAUCUGUCGAUAGUAUAGAACAGUGGAAAACCUUCAACAUGAGCUCUUCAGACCUACAGAGAGCCAGAGAAUCUCUAGUGAGGGAAGGAAGUCACCACCCACCACUUCUCAGGACACCUCAUGUGAUGGAGGAACCUCCAGAGUCACCCAUUCCCUCUGUCAUAGUCACAGAAAGUGACCAUUCUGUGAGGAAUAUCUGGGCAGACCACCGUGCUCGCAGGGCCAUGUUCCCCACCCGCCAGAGAACCAUGCAGCCUGAUGAUGAGGAUGAGGACAUCUACCAGAUGUUUGUCCCCACAGAGCCAAGUGGACCGGAACCAGAGGUGCCCACGGAGAGGUCAGAGGCCACCUCGUCACCCAAGACAGCUCGGCCUUGCAGUUGGCACGUCGAACAAGUUCCCACUGUGCAGGUUGACCCUCCACCCAGUGGAGGCAGAGUCUUGCGGAGGGCGAGCAGUGCAGGGGAGAAGGCUACAGAGGCUCGACAGAGUCCCGAUGAUGACCAGUCUGGCAAUAGCAACUUGGAUACGAUCCACACUGAAUCAUCCAGCAAUGACAUAUCUGGAUCGUCUUCAGCUGAGCAGCUGACGCUGGAUGAUAUUGAAAAUGUGUAUGACAACAUUAGCUAUGAGGACCUUAAGAGCAUGGGCCUGGUCAGAAGAGACCCUGAGGAAAUCCAGUCACGGAAAGAAACAUCUACAAAUGUACAGGGUACCCAGAGCCAAGCAGCGAGGGUACUAAGUGCUCCAGAAGUUCCAGUAAUCACAGAGCCGAUGAUUGAACCAGAUAGUUCCUCAGAGAGCAACAGGUCCUCCACACAGGAGGGGAGGUCAUUUGGGACAUGUGACCUCAAGAUAGUAGAGGAGAACAUCUAUGACACCAUCUGCUUUAGGGAGCCCCCAUCAACAGAGAAUAAAGCAAUCAAUGAAGCCAGCAAACUACAACAAGAGAGGGACAGUCUGCUGGCCUCUGAACAAGACCUGACUGAAAGCCUUAGAGGGUUUAUAUCUGAGGAGAGCCUCCACUUUGGAGAGGAUGAAGGACCGGAAGCCUCCCACAAUGUCCCUUGUUCCUCUGAGCCAGAUUAUUCCUCCUCCUCCGCCUCCGAGACUUUCUCUCAGCGCUCACAAAAAGGGGAUAAGAUGUCAGAGCAGGUCGACGAGAUCUGGAACGACCUGGAAAACUACAUCAAGAGCAACGAGAAGAAAGCUGAUAGACUCCCCGCAGCCUUCCCUGUUAGUGCCAGUGAGUCGCCUAAGAAGAAGGUUUCCUCAGUGAAAAACAGCCCGACAAAGACCGCCGCUGUAAUGAGCUCUCAAGCAGCCAGCCCUCCGACCAAGAGUCCCCCAUCACAUCAGCCUAAAUCCCCACCUGUUACCUCCAUACCGUCAUUCACCAUCCCAGUCAUCAACCUCCCUGAACCUCAAAGUGAAGGCAUCCCUGCAGAAGAAAACCAUAGCCCUCCUCCUACAUCACGCCCCCCUCCUGUCGCCCCAGAGCCCCUCCCAGGCACAGUUAAGAACAUUCGUAAAAGACUGGCUCGCCUCAGCAGCGGCAGCUUCCGCCUAGAGGACGACGACCUGGUGGAGCUUCCUCAACGAAGCACAUCUCCGAGAGAUAAUCCCCUCAAGGACCUUCAUAACUUGUUUCCAGGGGAGCUGGCAGGACUGGACUCACCCCUGGCCUCCUCCUCUCUUCUGCUGGGUGAAUCUGUGGACUUCCCCCUUGAUCUGAUGGAUAAAUCAAAGAGCCGGGUGUUUCUGAUGGCACGACAGUAUAGCCAGAAGAUCAAGAAAGCCAACCAACUACUGCGCAUGAGGAGCAUGGACCCUGGAGACGCUUGUAGUCGGACCAGAGCUGAGAAGAAGCAGAAAGAUCUGGCAGCCAUCUUAGAAGAGAAGAAACAAGGGGGCGCUGCUAUAGGUGCAAGGAUAGCGGAGUACUCCCAGCUCUAUGACCAGGUAAUGUUUAAGGAUCCUCCUGGUACAGCUGGUCAGGCUACCCCACAUCACUCCCAUCCAGGGCUGCCAUAUUCUCCGUCAAUGCCUGAGACCUCCCUGGAGGAGGACUGGCUCCACUCCACUUACAGCAACGGAGAGCUUGCCAGCUUUGUGUCCUCACCCGGCGAGGUAGACGACGCUCGAGCGUCUUCUACCCCGCACCGCAGACUUACCUCCUCCUGCUCCAUCCCUUCUCUCCAGACCUUCCCUCCCUCUCCGUCCAGCCCACCAUCCCAGAGAUGGAGCAUGACGGCGCCAAGCGAAAAAGAGGAGCAUGUGUACAGUUCCAUUAAAAGACAUCCUUCCUUUAACUCUCCAUCUUUGCCCUCCUCAAAGUCUUCCCCAUCCAGUCAUUGUCAGUCAGUCAGCUCUCUGGGCAGCCAGCAGCAGGAGAAGAACCAAACUGGGCCCAAAUGUAACGGACCCACUGUGGCUCGAUCCACAGACAGACUCCAUGGCCCAAUGCUGGGUCGUGCUGGUCGGCAGAGUAGCCUCCCAGAGCGCUCCACCCAGGGACAGUCAGACCUCACUUUACACGAUGGUCAACAGGUGGUGGUCCUGAACCGGGCUUCUGCACUGAGCAUACUCAAUGCCACCCAGAACUACCUGGCUAAUUUUAAGGACAAUGGGGAAGAUGAUGAUGACUAUGUAGAGAUCCGCUCAGAGGACGAGUGCGAGCAAGAGCAUGAGCAGGACAGGUUGGCACAGCGGAACGGCAGCUCGGCAGUCCUUUCCAAUCAGAACAAAGGUCUUGUCCACUCCCAGAGUCUGCCAUGCACACCGGCGCGCUCCUGCGACCCGCUGAGGUCUCUGGACCGCGAGCAGCUGGAGAAGUACCUGUGGAGCGAGCCACAGCAGAGCCAACCCAAAAUCGUCCAGUCUCUGAGGGAGAAGUUUCAGUGUCUGAGCUCUAGUAGCUUUGCCUGAGUCUAUAAGACAACUAAAAGCCAAAUAUAUACAAAUAUACAGCAUAUAGCAACAAAAGGGACACUGCUGCUUUGCCUUGAAUGCCCUACACCGUUCAACAUCAAAACAAACAUACAUGACACAUAUCUCAACAUAGAUCAGAAGCAAUUUCUUGGAUUGCACACAUAUUUCCAACAACUAAACUCUCUCUAUUACAGGGCUUCAAUGUAAAAUGCACAAUAGGUCACUAUUAUUAGUCAAAAUGCCACAUCAAAGCCUGCAUGUGAGCUGCCUUAGCACUUCCUGGUUCAAACUGUCUUUUCAUUUAUGUCCUGGUGAAGAAAGGUUAACAAGAAGUGAUCAAAGCGAAACGUUCUCAGUUGUUCGUAAAGGCAUUCAGUGUGACUGAAUGGGUUUUAAUAUUGAAAGGAACUCUUUUAUUGCUUUACGUGUGGAGAUAAUUGGAGUCGUGGGAAUUGAUUCUGCUGGAGGACUUGUGCCAAUAAACUUUUGUACAGAUACAGUAGUUCAGAAUAUCUGUUACCGAGUUUAAGAAAUAGAAUCUCUUCUGUGCCCAACAUCUCAAACCGAAGUACAAAACAUCAAAAAUCUGAUGAUCUUUGGUGAAUCUCGACUUACCACGUCAGGAGUCUUCAAGCUCUUUCUUUCUUUUAAUUUGUUGUUAAGGUUAUUUUAACUGCAUUUUCGGCACUAGUUAAUCUUAACCUGUAUAGGAGCGGUGAACCACAGUGGUGGCUAGUGUUUUUAAUUGUGCUUACACUAUCAAAACAAGGUUCUGAAAAUGCAGCAGUUCAAAUUUGCAAUCUUCAGAUUUGCUACUCAGGCUAGAUUGUCACUUUUAACAGCUUUUUUUAGCAAUAAGUGCAACAAAAAAAAAAGGAUGCAACUGUAAAGAAAAACAUGUUGGCGAUUUACAAAGAUCCAAUAAGUUAAGUAUAACUAGACUUAGAGCUGUAAGUCUAAUUGAAGUUAUUGUAUUUCACUCUACCUGCCACCUUUGUCAUCACUAGGGUAUCACGCUUUAAAAUCAAGAGAAGAUGCUGAUAUUUUAGAUAAUCUAUAAGGAACUGUAGGACUUGAUAUUUAUUUUGAGAGUAAAUCAGAGAUGUUUUAUGUGUUACGGUCUGAGGACGUCUAUCACGUUAGAGUGAAAUGUGCAUCUCAACAAGUGGACGAUGUGUUUCUUUUUUCAAUCAUACUCAUUUUUUUUAAGAGGGACCACGAAGGCUACAGUAAAGAAUACAGUACUGUAUUUGGUGUAUAUUUUUUUCUUCAAACGGAUAGUCAACUGUUUGUUUACUUUGUUUACGUUAUGGGACACUGUCACACUACUGAUAUUACAUCCACACUUACAGUUAGAUUGUUGUCAGUCACUUCAAAAAAGGUUCAUACAGCACAGUUGUUGUUCUCUCCCCUGGAAGCAUACCCAGUAUUCACCACUCACUCUUUAAAAAAAAUUCACUAUAGGUGUCCUAUUUAUUUUAUCCCUGUUAUUUUGGCCACUCGUCACUAUUACUCCAAGCCACAGACAAGUUGUAAAAUAAAUUAAAAUAUAUUUAUUAAAAGAUGGUUUUAUUCAGUUAUAGGGGUGCAGACAAAAUUUGAAUCGAAUACUGUGAAUAUUUUCAGAAGUGGGUUUUUCUAUCACGCACUGCUUAAUACGUUUAAGUUCCAGAAUCACAAUAACACGUGAAAAGUUGAAAAGCACAAUAUGGCCUACUGUUCAUAUCAGGAAAUGUGCAUCAAAAACAAGUUACGAAUAUGAAGUAUGUGUUUUUUUUUUCAUUGUACAUUUUUGUCCUGUUUCACUGGUGGGGAUCGAUCGUCAGUCUUCAGUGACUCUGUUUUGCACUUUUCUGUCUUUUUUACGUUUUAUUUGUAAACACUUUGUAAAGAUGUACAUUUUAGGAAAGUUAUUCUUGUAUGCCAUAGGUAUGCUUUAUAAUGCUUUAAUGUUUAAGUUAAGUGUACUGUAUUUUUUUAACUGCCUAGUUGUCAUUGCUCAACAAAAACAAUGUAUUGGAGGUAAUAAAAUCAGAUUAAACUCA